AUGGCUCAGUUCGAGAGGAUACUCACUGUGGUCCGCAAUGCUGCAAUGCCUGCCGCUGGCACAUGUGAAUCCCAAGGCCGUCAUGCAGAACUUCUCGAACAAGUAGUAUGGGCUGAAGAUGAAGCACGGCGAGCUGCCAAUGAAGCUGCGGUAGCUCGAGCAGAAGCUGAGAAAGCAAAGGCUGAAGUAGCCGAUUUACGUGCCGAUCUUCAAGCCUUCCAAAAUUCCAACUCACCUGAGCAGACUGAGACGCAAUCUGAUGAGCAACAAGAGCAGAAUGUCCCAAGUACUGCUGGUUCGAGAUGUAACGAGGGAGAUGAUAUACCCAUCAAUGGUGGAAACCGGGAAGCACCUGUCGAUGCACAUCUUUCCUCCUCAAAUCCACACUCUCCAGCAGAUAAUCAAAUGUCCAGCUCUGGUUCGAGAGGUGACGCUGAUGGGAACCUUCAACUGGAUGGAAACCGGGAAGCAUCCAUUACAGGAGUCUCUCCCUUAGCUGAUCCAAUCCUACCAGCAGCUAAAGCUAAGGGUCCAGGUUCGAGAGGCCGUCAUGCAGAACUUCUCGAACAAGUAGUAUGGGCUGAAGAUGAAGCACGGCGAGCUGCCAAUGAAGCUGCGGUAGCUCGAGCAGAAGCUGAGAAAGCAAAGGCUGAAGUAGCCGAUUUACGUGCCGAUCUUCAAGCCUUCCAAAAUUCCAGUGAAGGCACGAGUGCACCUAUUCAAUACUCCCGACGUCGCAAUACUUCAUCAUGGAGAGGUUUGAGGGACAAAGUGGAAGAAGAAGAUUCUUUCCCAAAUGAUGAUGAAGAUAUUGAUGAUGAAGAUAAUGAUGAAGAUGUUGAGGGAAUUGGAAGUGAUGAUCAUAAUGUUGGUGGUGAAGGGCAAGGGAUUGAAUUAAUGGAUAAUUGA